UUUUUUUUUUUCAAAAGUUGUACUGUUUUAAGGUUGGUAACAAUACAUCAUAACAGUUGAAAUUUUACCGAAACAACGCUGUGUAAAGCGUCCUAUCAUCAAGGCAUUGUUUGCAGUUUCCCGCGAAAUUAAUUAUUGAAUUGAAUUAAAAUCAUUAUUAUGUCUAAAAAAAGAGUACAUUGGUCCGAAAAUGUUUUGGAUUUCACUUCCAAUGUAUAUAUUGAGCUUAAAGAAGAUGAGACGCCAGAUCCUAAAAAGAUGAAACUGAAUGAAAAUGAGGAAACUCUGGUUGAAGAGUUUCGACACUUCAGCCACGAAGAUACUGGCACCCCCAAGGCUAGCGUCUCUGAGGCCACCACCUCCAAGGCUGAUAUUUCCGAGGCUGGUUCUUCCAAGGCUGGCUCCUCCCAGGCUGGCUCCUCUAAGGCUGACGUCUUCGAGGCUAGCAUCUUUGAGGCUGGAACAUCCAAGUUUGACUUCUCCAUGGCUAGCAUCUUUGAGGUUGGCACAUCCAAGGCUGACUUCUCCAUGGCUGAUUUAUCCAUGGCUGACAUAUUCGAGACUGGUACCUCCAAGGCUGGUAAGUCCAUGCCUGACAUCUCCGAGGCUAGCAUCUUUGAGGCUGGCACCUCCAAGGCCGACGCCUCCGAGGCUGGUACAUCCAAGGCUGGUACCUCCAAGGCUGGUAAGUCCAUGCCUGACCUCUCCGAGGCUAGCAUCUUUGAGGCUGGCACCUCCAAGGAGGCUGACAUCUCCGAGGCUGGUACCUCCAAACCUAACAUCUUCGAGACUAGCAUCUCCUUGGCUGGUACCUCCAAGGCUGGUACCUUCAAGGCUAGUUCCUACAAGGCUGGUACAUCCAAGGCUGGUACCUCCAAGGCUAGCCUCUCCGAAGCUGGCACUUCCAAGCCUAUGACCUCCAAGGAAAAACUAAUCGAAAAGCUUAUGUCGGGAAAAAAAAGCAAUCAACAAGUUGGAAGAAAAGAUCCAAAACUGUUGGCUGAUAUUAAGAAGAGAUUGAAUCGUUUAUUUUGAAUAUUUCAAUUUAAUAAAC